AUGUAUCGGAAGUUGUCUAAGUUAGAACACUCGGAAAUAAAACAACUUCUUACAGAAGCUAACAUAGAUGUUGCAAAACAUUACGCGACAAACAAAAAAUCACUCGCUGACUUCAUUAAAGACUACAAUGGUGAAAUAACUUAUGAUAGAAUUCAUGAGUUCAUAAAGCCGCAACGCGGCGAGGACGAAGUCCAUGCAAGAACUUUUCCUUUAAAUGACGUUGCUAUUGACUUAUAUCAUAGACGUUCAAUACCUCAUGAAGUAAGAAGAGAAAUGUUUGACAUAACAAAUGCAAACGUUGGUCAUACUCGUAAAGCUCUUUCACAUGAUGUUCGUCAAGAGAUGUUUGAACUUACGAACUCAAACGUUGGUGAAACACGAAAGAGAGAUGACACACUGAAACAACAGAGAAGAGAGAUGUUUAAAAGUGCUAUAGAACAAGUUCGCAAAGCUAAUAAUGUCAUUCGUUCCAUUGACGACAAACCAAAAGAAGGUGAGAGAUGGUUAAAGAAAGAUGAAGAGAAUAGGAAGAGGAAUGUGAAGUCAGGCAAUAGACUCAUUGACUUUAACAUCGAAGCUUUAGAUGAACCAAACAGAGAAUAUUUACACAAACAUAUCGGUAAGGUUUUCAUGAGACUCUUAGAGAAGAUUAAAAUAAACUCACAACAGAGAUGGAUGGUAUGUUAUAAACUUGGUGGAAAGUAUGAAUGUUCUACGUUAAACCUCAAUAAUAUUGGAACAUUACUACAUCAGCUCUUGAAGGAGAACUUUAUAUCAGAGAUAGAAGCAAAUGCCGCAGGUAUUGUUGAAAUGCACUAUGACUUCUUCUUGACAAACAUAAAGAAUCUUACCGAAAUAAAGAUGUAUGAUUUAACAGAAUAUGAAGGCUUAACGAUGUCAGAUGUAAAGAAAGGCAAACCAAAAAAGAGACCAUAUAGAGAUGAAAGCACACUGACAAAUGACCAGAAAGUCAUUUUGGAAGCUCUUAAGCAAACAGGAAACCCAGCACUUAUAGAAAGCUUUUGGAAAGAUAAUGGUGAAAAGAAGUUUUAUAAGAAGAGAAGCGGUCAGUUCUGGAAGUAUCUUUGCACGUUACCUAUAAAUCUUGAACGCUACCAAAUCUUCAAUGAACUGAACAAAAGAACUGCAACACUUAUGACAGAAGACAAUUGUUUCGUUUAUGCUUGCAUUCAGGCUGGAGUAAAUGAAGAAACUAUUGACCACAUGAGAGAAGUCAUUCGUGUUAAAGACUUUCCACAAAGUAAGAUUCAGGAAAUUUCUGACGCAACAAGCAUAGCAUUCAAUGCUACCAUUGGUUAUUUCAAUGGCUCAAGACAUAAUGAAAUAAAGAGAUAUAUACCAAAAGAAUAUGAAACUGUUCGAACUAUUGACUUACUUCUUGUUGAAGACCACUACAUGCUAAAUGAAAGACUUCCAAUGACAACAUACUUCAUUCGCAACUAUAAAGAAAUUCUCAAAGCUUGUGGUGGAAUGAACAUUGAGAAACAGAUGAAGAUUUAUACAAAGAGAGAAGAUAAAUAUGUAGUUCGUUAUGAUAGAACAACACCGUUAUGGGAUGUUAUGAAAACAUUGUGGGAGUGCAAAUAUUUUGAACCUAUUUCUUAUGGAGAACUUUUCACAUAUACGACUGACUUAUAUAAACAGAACCUUGCACCAUUUAAAGAUUGGACGUAUGCUCCAAAGUAUUGUGUACAACUGAAGAAGAAAGCAGAGUCAAAAGAAGUAAAUAAAGCUAAAUGUAAAUUCAUACCUGAGCACGUUUUCUUUGCUGACUUUGAGUGUAGCACAGACGGCUUUCAUAAAGCUUUUAACAUCUGUUACGACAGUGAAAAUUGUUCAGUGAGUCAAAGCAUUUGGGAUCAGAAUUGUGCAACAGAAUUUUUGGAACGACUUCCUGAAAAGAGUUUAAUAUAUUUCCAUAACCUCAGCUAUGACAUAAACUUUAUCUUAAGACAUAUGACAGAAGUGAAAGGAACUCCCAUCAUUAAAGGUUCACGAAC